GAGCUCGGAAUAAAGUAAAAAAGAUUCCCAAAUUAUUUUUUUCUGUUCGCGGAAGGAAAGGGAAAUCGUAAAAUUCGAAACCCUAGAUUAGAAGCAGUUCUGUACUGUAUUAGGCUAUUAGCAGUUUAGCGAUAUGAAUCCCUACGACAACAGAUACGGCGACCCAGAUUCAUACCGUCAGCGUCGCAGCGACGUACUGGGUCAGCCGCCUUCGGCGGGUCCUAAUUUUGUUGGUGCUGGUUUAGGCGGUUCCUACGGCCGUGGUGCCCCUGUUUCCUAUGGAGGUCCUCCACCUCCUGCUUUUUCGGCAAGAGGACAUACUGGAUCUUUUCCCAGUUCAGCCGGCUACAACUCUCAUCCCCCGUUUGAGCCCCCUGUAGGAAGGUUUGAUAUCGGCCGAGGAGGUGGUAGAGAGAGCUUUGAUGGUAGAAGGUCUGGUCAUAUUGGAGACCGAAGAGGUGGUGGUGGCAACCGUGGCGGUAGAGGUUUCCAUUCUGGUCGUGGGAGUGAUAGAGGUGGUAGAAGUGCUGAUGGAGACUGGAGACCUGGUUUUGGUGGAGGUCGAGAUGGAGGCAGGAGACCUGGUUUUGGUGCGGCUAGAGGAGGAGGUAGACACGGUGGCUCAUCUAGAGGGGAUCUGGACAACAUAUCUCUUCCGAGGCAGGAUUUUGGGAACUUGGUCCCAUUUGAAAAGAAUUUCUACAUCGAGAGCCCUUCGGUUAGGUUGAUGUCGGAGCAUGAAGUUAUGAUCUAUAGGGCAAGGAGGGAGAUUACGGUGGAAGGGCAAGAUGUACCCAAGCCAAUUAGAAUGUUUGAAGAGGCAAAUUUCCCCGAUUACUGCCUGGGGGUGAUUGCUAGGCUGGGAUUUGUUGAGCCGACAGCAAUUCAGGCUCAAGGAUGGCCGAUGGCUUUGAAGGGUAGAGAUUUGAUUGGAAUUGCUGAGACUGGUUCAGGCAAGACCUUGGCAUAUCUGCUGCCCGCUUUGGUACAUGUAAGUGCACAGCCUCGAUUGGUGCAAGGUGAAGGCCCUAUUGUAUUAGUAUUGGCACCCACAAGAGAAUUGGCUGUUCAGAUCCAAGAAGAAGCUGUAAAAUUUGGAUCUCAAGCUAACGUUAGGAGUACUUGUAUAUAUGGUGGUGCUCCUAAAGGACCCCAAAUCCGUGAUCUUCAAAGAGGUGUUGAGAUUGUAAUUGCUACUCCUGGUCGACUGAUAGACAUGCUGGAAGCGCAACACACAAAUUUGCGGAGGGUUACUUACCUCGUCUUGGAUGAGGCUGAUAGAAUGUUGGAUAUGGGAUUUGAACCUCAGAUAAGAAAGAUUGUAUCACAAAUUCGACCAGAUAGACAGACUUUGUACUGGAGCGCCACAUGGCCAAGGGAGGUUGAAACUCUAGCAAGGCAGUUUCUCCGCAACGCAUACAAGGUGGUCAUUGGUUCACCAAAUCUCAAAGCAAACCAGUCGAUAAAUCAAGUUGUUGAAGUUUUAACAGAGGUGGAGAAGUACAACAGGCUCAUCAAACUACUAAAAGAAUCGAUGGAUGGCAGUCGAAUUCUGAUAUUCAUGGAGACAAAGAAGGGAUGUGACCAAGUGACAAGGCAGCUUAGAAUGGAUGGAUGGCCUGCUUUAUCUAUCCAUGGAGACAAAAACCAAGCUGAAAGGGAUUGGGUCCUUGCUGAGUUUAAAAGUGGCAGAAGUUCUAUCAUGACUGCAACUGAUGUUGCUGCACGGGGCCUUGAUGUGAAGGACAUUAAAUGUGUGAUCAACUAUGAUUUUCCCUCCAGCCUCGAGGAUUAUGUCCACAGGAUUGGCCGAACAGGUCGUGCAGGAGCUAAAGGAACUGCUUACACUUUUUUCACACAUGCAAAUGUGAAGUUUGCCAGGGAUCUAGUAAGGAUCCUGCAAGAAGCAGGGCAGAUUGUGAGUCCUGCAUUAUCUGCCUUGUCCCGUUCUACCGGUUCUGGUGUAGGAGCAGGUUCGGGGGGUAACUUUCGAUCUAGAGGACGGGGAGGCUUUGGGAAUCGGGCAUUAACUUCUGGAUCUAAUACUGUUCCUCUUGGAGCAAAAAGGAUGUGGCAGUAGAUAUUGUGGGUGCCUGGCUCCGUAUGCCUUUUUUCAGUAGGUUGAAGGGGCAAAUGUACACUAUGUAGAAUAUGAACUUCUGUGUUUUUUUUUUUUUAUGAAUUAUGAUCUUUGUUAUGAAGUAUGAUGGAGGAAUAUUCAUUAAUCAACCUAUUCUGGAUUAUAAUAAGGACUUAAAAUUAGUGUA